GGAAAGUUGUAGAGAGUUUACAAAGAACACCAAGAAACCCCAAAAAAAUAAACCAAGAAAAUGGCCGGAGAGAUAGCAGUGGCAGUGCAAUCAGCGCCUGCACCACCAACUUCAUCGAAAACUCCAACUCAAACUAUGGAGAAUCAGAAGAAGAACAGAAUCCAAGUUUCUAACACCAAGAAACCUCUCUUUUUCUACGUUAAUCUUGCCAAGAGGUACAUUCAACAGCAUAAUGAGGUUGAACUUUCUGCUUUAGGCAUGGCAAUUACUACAGUUGUCACAAUUGCUGAGAUUCUUAAGAACAAUGGAGUGGCUACUGAAAAGAAAGUCUUGACAUCUACUGUGGGCAUGAAAGAUGAGAACAAAGGGCGACUCAUUCAGAAGCCCAAGAUUGAAAUUGUGUUGGGAAAAUCCGAAAAUUUUGACUCGUUGAUGACUACUGCUAAUCAAGCUCCAGCUCUAGCCCCAGCCUUGGCUGCAGCCCCAAGUCUAACUCCAGCUCCAGAAGUGGCUGCCAAAGACAAAGACUGA